UUCGGACGCUUUGGCCGGCCAGCUUCUUAUCAGUGUAUCGCCUCGGCUGCCUUGGCCCGGCGAGGCCCUCGUCUUACCACACCGUUCCCUCUUCAGCCUGCUGUAGGCCUGCUGCAGCAACGAGAGGACGGCGGGGAAGGGAGGGACGCGAUGACCACUGAGUGCGUCUAGAGUAUCUCCGAGCGCGGACGCGGAGGGACGCCGUCGACGCCGCGGCGCGCAGCUAUGACGUAGCUGCGAUCGCUGCCAUGGACGUGCUCUCGUGGAAAGAAUUCGUUGCCGGGUGGGCCGGAGGUGUUGCUGGCCUCGGCGUCGGGCACCCCGCCGACACCAUCAAGGUCCGGCAACAGGCGUUCACGGAGAGGAUAGGGGUCUUGAAAACGCUCCGCACGACCCUCAAAUAUGAAGGGGUGCGAGGGCUGUACAAAGGGAUGCUUUUCCCCCUGCUCUCAUCGGGGGCUCUCAAUGCCCUGUUCUUUGGUGUCUACGCCAACACCCUAAGAUUUAUCGAGCAGAAGCGAGCCCCGGGCGUUGAGCGCAGAAACAACUGGGGUGAUGACCCAUCCACAAAAAGUGGCCAUCCCAAUAGGUCGACUCUCGAUGUUUUUGCCGCGGGCUGUGUUGGAGGGCUGUUCGCUUGCACGCUCGCGUGUCCCAUCGACUUGAUAAAAAUCCAAAUGCAAUCUCAGACAGGUGUCGCCUCGAGCAAGGAGUGGGGACACCACGUCGAGCCGAAGCACAAGGGGAUGCUCGACUGCAUUCGAAGGCUGUGCCAUAAACGAGGGGUCAGGGGCCUCUAUACUGGGAUGUGUCCCAUGCUGCUCCGUGACGUAGUAUCGUAUGGCGUGUACAUGACCGUAUACGAAACGGGUUUGCAAAACUUGCAUUGGAACCCUGUAGUUUCCACGCUGGUCAGUGGAGGAUGUGCAGGAGUUGUUUCAUGGGGUGUAAUCAUCCCUAUAGACCUUGUAAAGUCAAGGAUACAAGCGGAUGAUAUCAAGAAACCUAUGUACAGAGGAGUAGUAGACUGCGUGAAGAAGAGCUACCAAGCACACGGACUACCAGUCUUUUUUCGUGGGUUUUCCAUGAUGAUGGUCCGAUCUUUUCCUGUUAACGCAGCAACAUUUUUAGUGUAUGAAUCUACAUUACACUUACUUAAGCCAGACAUGGAUUUAUCAGAUCUGGGACUGAUUGAUCCCUGAUCCAAAACUAGUUUUGAAUUGAAAGUAAAAAUAAAUCAGUUUUGUGACGGUUGAAAGUUAAAAUGUGCAUUACUUGACUUGUUUGACAAUCACAAGAAGCAGAAAUUGUUACAAUGAA